AUGGAACGCGAGUUUGCGAACUUCAAACAGAAGAUGGAGGGAGAUGCGCUGUCGCAGGCGAGCAAUUUGAAAGAGACGAUCAAGGUCUUGCAGGCUAGGGUGAACGAGUUGGAGGCUAUCCGGACAACAGUUACGGCGAUCAACGAGGACCUCAAACAAGACCUUAAGGAUACUAAGAGCUACAUAGCAACCGCAAACUUGGAAUUGGAGACAAUACGACGAAACCACACAUUCGAAGUCGAUGACCUACGACGAAAGCAUCGCAUUGAUAUGGACGACGUUCAAGACCGCUAUCGUAAAGACACAGAGCGGACGCGGAAGGAGAACGAGAACGCCGCCGACAAGGUUCGAAAGGAUUUCGAAACUCAGAUCGACAAGCUCCUCAAGGUGCAUAGCGAAGAACUAGCGCGGAUGGAGAAGCAGCUGAAGACCGAAGUUGAGGAAGAACAGAGAAGAAGAGCGCACGAGGUGCACCAGUUGCAAACGGAGUAUGGACUGAAAAUCAAGAAUGUCGGACUUGAAGUCGAUACCAAGGAGCGAGAAGCACAGCUGGUACAGGGCGAGUUGAUAAAUGUGAAGUGGGAACUCGACCGGGAGAGGAACCUUAAGGUAGCCCUUCAGGGUCAGCUAUCUGAAGCAACGGCCCAUAACCUGACCUUGGAUGCUGCGAAUAAGGCAAUGAAGGCUAAAAUUGACUUUCUCGAGUCGGACAGCCAAGCACAGUCACAGGCUUUCAACGACCUGCAUCGACGCAUGCAAGAGGCAAUCGAGGCCGCAGAGGUUGCCAAUGAAAAACUUCGACAGGAAGAGACGCUUCGGCGUAAACUCCAUAACCAAGUCCAAGAGCUCAAAGGAAACAUUCGGGUCAUGUGCCGUGUUCGACCGACGAAUACGGAUACAGAGACGGAUCCCGCAAAAAUUUCCUUCCCAGAUUCUGAUGCAGACAGCAAAGAGGUCUAUGUGCAGGGCCCCGAGAAGCAGAGCGCGCUCGGCAAUGUCACCACCGCGACAUAUUCCUACUCCUUCGACCGUGUAUUCGGCCCACAAUCCCAAAACGGAGAAGUGUUCGAAGAGAUCAGCCAACUUGUCCAGAGCGCAUUAGACGGCUACAAUGUCUGCAUCUUCUGCUACGGCCAAACUGGCUCCGGAAAAACCUACACCAUGUCCUCCCCCGACGGUAUGAUCCCACGUGCCACAGCCCAGAUCUACUCCGAAGCAACACGUCUCGAGGAGAAAGGAUGGCGCUACAAAAUGGAAGGCUCCUUCGUCGAAGUCUACAACGAAACCUACAAUGACCUCCUCGGCCGCUCCGAAGACCUCGACAAGAAGAAACUCGAAGUCCGCCACGACACGGUCAAAAAAACAACGACUCUCGAAAACGCAGUAACAGUCACUCUCGAUGGUCCCCAGCGCGUCGAGGAAAUUCUAAAAACUGCAAGCAAGAAUAGGAGUGUGGCGGCCACGAAGGCGAAUCAACGGUCUUCGAGAAGUCAUUCUGUGUUUAUACUUAAGCUAGUAGGGGAGAAUGGGAUUACGGGCGAGAAGAGUGAGGGUACGCUUAAUCUUGUGGAUUUAGCAGGGAGUGAGAGAUUGGAGCAUUCAAAGGCUGAGGGGGUGAGGUUGAAGGAGACGCAGAAUAUUAAUAAGAGUUUGAGUUGUUUGGGGGAUGUUAUUGAUAGGUUGGGGAGUGGGAAGGAGGGGCAUGUUCCGUACAGGAAUUCGAAGCUUACGUACCUCCUGCAAUAUUCUCUCGGCGGAAACAGCAAGACUCUCAUGUUCGUAAUGGUCUCUCCCCUGCAAGCGCAUCUGCAGGAAACGAUUACGAGUUUGAAGUUUGCGACGAAGGUGCAUAAUACGCAUAUUGGAACAGCGAAGAAACAGACCAAAGUGUAG